UUUUUGCUCUGAAGAGAGACUUUCAAAUCCCCUGUUUUACACCCUAGUUCUUCUUUCCUCUGCUACAUAGAGGUUAGAGAGAGAGGGAGAGAGGGAGAGAGAGAGAGAGUUUUUAGAGAGAGAAACAAUGGAGUUUGAGAAGAGAAAGGCAGCAACACUAGCAUCAAUGACUUCACCAGAAUCAGACAAAUCACCAAAAGGCACCAUAGACACACCCAUAAUCCCCCUUCUCAACACCAUCAACUCCCACCCCUGUUUCUUCACCACCAGCUCUUGCUCCGGCCGCAUCUCCGUCCUCUCUCAACCACCCAUCGCCGCCGCAACCAACAAAAAAGCCAAAGGUGGCACAUGGGUCUUCAUCACCCACUCCAAAGCUGACCCAGAAUCACUUCUCAACCUCCUCUCCUCCGCCAAAAACCCAGACCCAACUCACCCACCUUCCAAUCUUGUCUUCCGAUUCGAACCAUUGAUCAUUGCUGUUGAAUGUAAGCACGUUUUGUCAGCUCAGACUCUGGUUUCUUUGGCUGUUUCAUCUGGGUUUAGAGAAUCGGGGAUUACUAGUGUGAAUAAACGUGUGAUUAUUGCGAUUCGGUGUUCGAUUCGGCUCGAAGUGCCGUUGGGAGAUACGGAGAAUGUUUUGGUGAAUUCGGUGUAUUUGAGGUACCUUGUUGGGAUUGCCAAUGAGAAAAUGGAGGUGAAUUGGCGGAGAACUGAUGGUUUUUUGAAUUUGUUGUUGAGGAAUGGUUUUGGUGGAACUGAAGUGGGAGAGAAUGGUGAGCAGGAGCCAUUGUUGGUGAAAGAAGAUGAUAAAGAUGGGUCAAUAAAGAUUCCAGAUAUGAAUUUGUUGAAUAAUGCUCAUGAUAGAGAUAUGGAUUCAGAUGCAAGAGUGCCCAAUGACACCCAUUUCGGGUCUUCAGGAGUUUUGGAUAUCUGUCUACCUAUGGUUCCGAUGGUAAUCGUUGGUGAACCUGUUGAGAAGCUUUUUCUUUGGGGUCACUCUGCCUGUACAUUGGAUGACAUAAACCAUAAAAAAGUUCUUAUUUUUGGUGGUUUUGGAGGCAUGGGAAGACAUGCACGUAGAAAUGAAUCUUUACUACUUGACCCAUUAUGUGGUAAGUUAGAAACAAUCAGCGUUCAGAGGGCUCCAGCUCCACGCAUGGGUCACACCUCUUCUAUGGUUGGUGAUCUUAUGUUUCUUAUUGGAGGGAGGGCUGAUCCGGUAAAUAUUUUGAAUGAUAUUUGGGUUCUUAAUACAGAAACCAGUGAAUGGAAGUGGUUAGAAUGUACAGGCACUGUAUUCCCUCCAAGGCACAGGCAUGCAGCAGCAGUUAUAGAUUCAAAAAUAUAUGUAUUUGGGGGACUUAAUGGUGAAAUAAUCUCUUCAGCACUCCAUAUCCUUGACACGUCUAGUUCGGAGUGGAAUGAGAUACAAGUCCAAGGGGAAUGGCCAUGUCCUCGUCAUUCGCAUUGGGUUUUACAACUUGAAAAAAAAUAUGCAAAAUUGGGAAAGGACAUGUUGAAGAAGUUUGGAUGGUUAGAUCUUGGGAGAAAGGUUUAUUCCAAAGAAAAUGGAAUACAUAUUUGCUUCCCCGUCACUCAAAAAUUUUGCACUACAUACCGUGAUAAGCAAAAUCAUCCUGGUGGUGCAUUGGAAGUGUUGGAUGACAUCAACCCAUUCAAGGCAUUUAGUGGAGAGGGUGUGUUAUCAAAGGAUUUCACUUGCUUAACAUCCUUGAAUCUUCUAAUGGCAUCUGGUGCAACAAUACUUGCAGAUGAGGUGGUGAAAGUGAAAAAAAUUUCAAGCGCUCCUCUCAAAGUGAUGAGUGAAGCUGUAGCUAAUUUGCUAAAGCACAAAGGCCUACCUACUGAACUCUUAGACCAGCUACCCACAAGGUGGGAGCGACUAGGGGAUAUUAUUGUGCUUCCAAUGACAUCCUUCAAGGAUCCAGCAUGGGAUUCAGUUGGAGCUGAGCUUUGGCCUAUUGUUGCCAAAUCACUUGGUGCCCGGAGACUUGCUCGGCAGGGCCGAGUUGCUCCAACUGGAACUAGGGACAGUUCUUUGGAGGUUCUUGUGGGAGAUAAUGGCUGGGUUGACCAUCGGGAAAAUGGAAUUCUCUAUUCCUUUGAUUCAACCAAGUGCAUGUUCUCCUGGGGCAAUCUUUCUGAGAAGCUUAGGAUGGCCCGUCUUGACUGUAGAGAUGAAGUUAUUGUGGAUUUAUUUGCUGGCAUCGGAUAUUUUGUGCUGCCAUUCCUUGUCAGGGCCAAUGCAAAACUGGUUUAUGCCUGUGAAUGGAAUCCCCAUGCUGUUGAGGCACUCAGACGUAACCUUCAUGCUAAUUCUGUUUUGGAUAGUUGCAUCGUACUUGAAGGAGAUAACCGAGUUACAGCGCCUAAAGGAGUGGCUGAUCGAGUCUCUCUUGGUCUCUUGCCUACUAGUGAGGGUAGUUGGGUUACUGCUGUAAGGGCAUUAAGGAGUGAGGGUGGAAUAUUACAUGUGCAUGGGAAUGCAAAGGACUCAGAGGAGGGUUUUUGGACACAACAUAUUUUGAAAUCCAUUUAUGAAAUUUCUAGAUCGGAAGGUUAUUUGUGGGAGAUUUCAAUAGAGCACGUGGAGAGAGUAAAAUGGUACGCCCCACACAUUCGCCAUCUUGUCGUGGAUGUGAGAUGCAAACAAAUACAGAGAUGACGGUGGGAAUUGUAUGCUCCACGAUUGCCACAAAGUAUGCUACUACAUGAGAAAACCAAAUUUGUACACAGAUAAUAGAUGUCAAGCUUUUGAUUGGAUGGUCUUGUUACCAUCAUGUGCUAUGGUGACCAAUUGACCUUGGGGAGAAAUGCUCCAAGACCUAAAUCUUAAAGACAAGCGGAGAUACUUUAGCUCACAUCUUAACCCAUGGUUGAUGAGUGAGACAAUCAAGGAAGUCCCUCCGAAUUGGAUAAAAUGUCCAACGACCUUUCCUUUCCUUUUCAUUGGGGAGUUAGAAAAUUGUUGUUGUUUAUUUAGAGUACUAACACUUGAAAUUCAUUGAAGAUGUUAAUUUUUUAAUCAUCAAUGGUUAUAUGGCUGCAUAAUGUGCGUUAAUAAUGGCAA